AUGGUCCCUCUUAUCCUUGGGCAGAGCCCACCUGGCUUUCGAAAACAUCUUGGUCUUCUGGAGAAAAAGAAAGAUUACAAACUUCGUGCAGAUGAUUAUCAUAAAAAACAAGAAUUCCUCAAAGCUCUUCGAAAGAAGGCUCUUGAAAAAAAUCCAGAUGAAUUCUAUUAUAAAAUGACUCGAGUUAAGCUCCAGGAUGGAGUUCAUAUUAUUAAGGAGACUAAGGAAGAAGUAACUCCAGAACAGCUCAAGCUGAUGAGAACACAGGAUGUCAAGUACAUAGAAAUGAAAAGGCUCGCGGAAGCUAAGAAAAUUGAAAGACUAAAAUCAGAGCUCCAUCUGCUGGAUUUCCAGGGGAAGCAACAAAAUAAGCAUGUGUUCUUUUUUGAUACCAAAAAGGAAGUUGCACAGUUUGAUAUUGCUACUCACCUGCAAACAGCCCCGGAACUAGUCGACAGAGUAUUUAAUAGACCCAGGAUAGAGACCUUGCAGAAGGAAAAAGUGAAAGGAGUUACCCAUGAGACUCGACUUAAGCGGAUAGCUAAAGAAAGGCAAAAGCAGUAUAACUGCUUAAUGCAGCGGAUUGAACGAGAGAAGAAAAUGUUCAUUAUUUCUCAGAAAAUACAAACACGCAAAGAUCUUAUGGAUAAAACUCAGAAGGUGAAGGUGAAGAAAGAAACAGUAAACUCCCCAGCUAUUUAUAGAUUUCAGCAUUGUCGAAAACGUUGAAGUGUUAUAAAAUAGCCCUAUCAUUCCAUAUCAACAAUACGUUGUUUUUGAAGUAUUAAUGAUUCUAUUGGUCCAGAUGUGUGGGUUUUCUGUUUGUGAGUAUGGUUUCUUGUCAGUCUGGUAGUGGAUGCCUUUCUAUGAACAUUAAAUUAACUUCCUCCAUGG